CCAUGUCCAUUUAUUGCAAAUAGUGUUCUUUUUAUAACAUUUGUAUACAUUUAUGGAUCUCUGAAUUCAAAACACAGUUAUCCUGCUUAAGUUAUGAACUUCUGAACUGUUCACAUUGUUUGAUAUUGCAUGUAAACUUGUCUCAGGAGUUCAUAAAUACAUUGCUGAAGACAGCAAAUGUGAAUAAUUCCUUCCUAACUAGGAUCUGGCUGAAAAUGGUCAGGCAUUUGAGAAUCACCAAGAGCCUGGUAGGAUGUCAAUCAAGAUGGAAGAGCUUGAACAAAAAAAUACUUACUAAUAUACUUGAAAGAACAUUCUUGAUGGCUAAAGGCCGUGGUUUUCUGCAUCAGGCAUUCAGGACAAUUUGGACAGACAACCGCAAAUGGGAUGUUGUUGUGGAAAACAAUGGUGAAACAAUGAUCAGGAGCCCUUACAAAGAUGUGCCAGAAAUAAACCAGUCAUUUGGUGAAUUCAUGUUUUCUUACCUUGGCAAAUUUAGCAAACUGGAGUUACUGGUUGACUACCCAACAGGUCGUCAUUACACAGGGUCAAAGGUGAAGGACUGUGCAGUGAAAGUUGCAAGUGCUCUGUCCAGAAUGGGCCUACAAAAAGGGGAUGUUGUGCUCAUCUUUGCCAGCAACUGCCCAGAGUACCCCAUACUAUUCCUGGCCUGUGGGGUGGCAGGUAUAGCGGUCAGCACUGCUAAUCCCGUGUACACGCCAGGUGAGCUGGCCCGACAGCUUGCUCACAGUGAGGCCAGGGCUGUGUUCACCCUCAAGGCAAUGUUACCCACGGUCAAGGAAGCACUCAGUGGGAAUCAGGAGGCUGCAGAAAGAGUUAAACAUAUAAUUGUCAUCGACGGUGAAGCAGACAAAUGUCGACCAUUUUCGAGUCUUCUUGAUGAUGAUGGGCAGAUGUUUCCUGAGAACACAGACAUCGACACCAGGGGGACGAUACUCACCCUUCCCUACAGCAGUGGCACCACUGGGCUACCUAAGGGCGUGAUGCUGUCUCAUUUCAACAUGGUGAACAACCUCCAACAGGCCAUGUGUGGUCAGAUGAAGUUUCACACAGGGGAGGAUAUUCUAAUGGGGUUACUUCCCUUCUAUCACAUUUAUGGCCUCACGGUACUGCAGUUUUCUCCCCUUACUCAGGGGACAAAGCUCAUUAUUCAUCCCAAGUUUGAACCAGAAACAUUUCUCAAGUCCAUUGAGGAACACAAGGUUACAUACUGCCACCUAGUUCCACCACUGGUUCUCUUUCUGGCCAAGUCACGUGACCUUGGAAGGUUCAACUUGACCUCCAUACGACAGUUUGUCAGUGGUGGUGCACCUUUGGGAGCUGGUGUCUCCAGUGACCUUGAAAAGGCGUUAGGGGUCCCUGUUCUACAAGCUUAUGGACUUACUGAGAGCAGUCCAAUAACCCAUUAUGAUGAAAAGCCACAUCGUCAGGGUACCAUAGGGCGACUGAUACCCAACACAAGGGCAAUGGUGAUGGACCCGAUCUCAGGAGCCAAUCUUCCUGUCGGGGAGACUGGUGAGAUCCUGAUCAAGGGGCCGCAAAUCAUGAUGGGAUACCUGAAGAACAAGGAGGCCACAGACAAAACUGUCAGAGACGGUUGGCUGUACACAGGGGACAUUGGACAUGUGGACGCAGAUGGGUACUUCACAAUUUCUGACAGACUAAAAGAACUAAUCAAGUACAAAGGUUACCAGGUGGCCCCAGCUGAGCUGGAGGCCCUUCUUUGCACACAUCCAGCCAUCCAGGACGCAGCUGUGAUAGGCCUCAGUGUCGGUGAGGGGGUGGGUGAGGUGCCAAAAGCCUUCGUGGUGGCCAAGCCUGGACAUAACAUCAGUAUGGAGGAGGUGUUGAACUUUGUAGAAAAAAAUGUUGCUCCAUAUAAGAAGCUUAGGGGAGGAGUAGAGUUUAUAGAUCAAAUACCAAAGACAGCGAGUGGGAAAAUUUUACGCAGAAUGCUGAGAUAGCCAGCGGACAUUUUCUUCUGAAUGCUGAAUACAUGUGUGCCACUAUGGACUAUUCAUAAGUUUAUUUUAUCAAAAUUGUGUCUUAUCAUAAUGUUUGUGUGUGUAUGUGAUUAUAAUAAAACAGUUCAAGUUUGUUUGCAAUGAUAAUGUUUACUAUAUGCAGAUAUUAUGAAUACUACAGUUUAUUUGUGUUUUAAAUGUUUGUGUUAUAUACUUCUUUUGUAUGUUAUACCAGUGUAACCAUUUAUAUCUGAAUGUGAGGGCGAUGCUGCAGAAUGUGUAUGCAUUUAAAGGGAUCUUUUCACGCUUUGGUAAAUUGACAAAAUUGAAAAAAGUUGUUUCAGAUUCGCAAAUUUUCGUUUUAGUUAUGAUAUUUGUGAGGAAACAGUAAUACUGAACAUCUACCAUGGUCUAAUAUAGCCAUUAUAUGCAUCUUUUGACGAUUUUAAAACCUAAAAAUUAUAAAGCGUUGCAACGCGAAACGAUUGAAUAAUUUGGAGCGUUCUGUUUUUGUCGUUAAAUUUUGUGAAACUACGAAGAUUGCUUAUAUAAGGUAUAAAAUGCGUCAAGUACGUGUACUCGGCGGAAUAGCUCAGUAGGCUAAGGCGUUUUUACUUCAGGACUCUGGCAGGACUCCAGGGUUCACUGGUUCGAAACCUGGACCGGGAAAUGUUCUUUUCCUUUUUUAAAUUUUAUUCUUGAUUUUUUACUGGAGCUGUUACGAUCCAAUGCUUACAUUUAUCGAUAUAAAGCAUUUAAUGAAUAAGUUAAAAAAUGCCAAAAUCUGUGAAAAGGCCCCUUUAAUAACAAUGUUACUAUUCAUCCUUGAAUGUUAUGAUGGGUGAUACAGUACUUGUUGAUAUUAAAUAAUCUUUGGAUGUGUCAACAAGUAUAUAUUGUGAAUUUGUAUUAAAAUCACAAUCUAUAACCUACCUGUAUAUGAAACUGGGUCAUAUACGUUAAAAAACGUCAAGCUUA